AUGGACCAAUCGCGAGGAUUUCCCUUGAGGCAGCUCCCACCAGAGAUCUUGGACCAGAUUUUUCGGUCCAAUAUGACCCCCGAGCCUUUAACGCGCCUUCCGCCGCUGCUACUCUCUUUCAGCCCCACAAAAGAGCCCCAACUUUACCAAGAAGCCAAGAAGCUAUACAAGGAGACCAACUUUGUGGUUACAUAUCGCAAUGAGAAGGAAUUCAUGGCUCUUCCUAUGAAGGAUAUGAUGAAGAUUCACCACAUCACCGUGGUCUUGGAAGAAAUCGAUGACGACCCUACGUGUUGGCCGGUGGUAAAGCCCAAGCUUCGUAACCACAAGUCCAUCCUUCAAAAUGCCUUCCAGACAGUCACAAUGGACCUCCGUCGGGUUCCCGAGAGACACUGGAGCGAAAAUUAUGGAACCCACAGCUUGCUUCACUACCUGGUUGUUGCCUCCACCGUAGGUGUAGAGCGAAUCAAUAUCGUCGUGAGCUCCGAGCAGCUGGCUUAUUCUAUGACGCAAGGACCAAGCGUGACAUGGGAUCUUGGACGGCGUGAGGUGAAAAGCGAAACAUUCACGGGUUUUGAGAUGUCUAGAUUAGGACAGGAUGUGGUUUAUACGUGGCGGAAAACAGAAGGCAUUGAGAAACGGAAAUUGUUCGUACCGCCUACUCGUCAUAGCAAUGCGACCUUGAAGUUGCAAUAG